AUGGCCUUUGAUGAGCUUCUAGAGUAUGUAGGCAAAGGUGGGAGAUUUCAGAUUUUGAAUGCAAUCCUUUGCAUGCUUUUAAAUAUGCUGUCAUCCCCUCAUGAUUUUAUGGAGAAUUUUUCAUCAGCGACUCCAGCUCACCGUUGCUAUGUACAACUCCUUGACAACCUUACAUCUGAAGCCAACAUCACCGUAAACCUUACAGCUGAGGCCCUACUGAGGGUAUCUAUCCCAAUGGACCCAAACCAGAAACCAGAGCAAUGUCGUCGAUUCCGCCAGACACAGUGGCAACUCUUAAAUUCCAAUGCAUCAGCCACCAAUAACACUGAGUUGGAAACAGAGCCAUGUCUGGAUGGGUGGAUAUACGAUCAAAGUGUUUUCACUUCUACCAUCAGGACUGAGUGGAAUUUAGUGUGUGAAUAUCAGUCUUUCAAAUCCUUUGCCCAGGCCAUCUACAUGGCAGGGUUUUUGGUGGGUUCUCCUCUAUGUGGCUUCCUUUCUGACAGAGUUGGACGGAAGCCUUUGCUGCUGUUUAGUUGCUUGGCCUGUGGAAUCCUAGGUACCUGCUGCGCGUUUGCCCCCAUGUUCUCCAUUUACUGUGCUUUGAGAUUCCUGUUUUCUGCCUGCAUGGGUACGGUUCAAUUCAAUAGCCUUAUACUUCUUUUAGAAGGGACUUUACCGAAAUGGCAUCCCACGAUUAUCACAGUUUUUGGACUCUCUAUGAGCAUGGGCCAGGUGUUGCUUGGAGGACUAGCUUAUAUGUUCCGUGACUGGCAUGUCCUCCAGUUGGUGGUUUCUCUGCCCUACUUCAUUUUUUCCCUUUUUGUCUGUGUGGUAUCAGAGUCAGUGCGCUGGCUCAUUGCAACUGGACAAACAGAACGGGCAUUAAAAGAACUUAAGAGAAUUGCCUAUAUUAAUGGAAAUAAAGAUGUUGCACAAAGUUUGACUACUGAGAUUUUAACAUACAAAAUGAAGGAAGAACUGAACAGGAGCGAGAGCGAAAAACAAUUCAAAAUAAAAGAGGUCAUUGUUAAUCCUAUAGUGCGCAGGAUUGUGCUGUGUGGAUCCUUUUUAGGGUUUUCGGGAUUUUUCAGUUCUCAUGGCCUCAUGCUGGAUGUUCAGAGUUUGGGAGAUGAUAUCUUCCUGUCCCAGUUUCUACUAGGAGUGGUAGAAUUUCCCUCCAGAUUGCUUACAUUUUUUGUAGUAAGACAUAUUGGACGUCGCCCUUCAACAACUGUUUCAUUUCUUGUGGCUGGAAGCUGUAUUGUGGUCAAUAUAUUUGUGUCCAAAGAUAUGGCCACUUUGCGUCUUGUUAUCUUUCUCUUGGUGAAGACAUCCCUUUCAUCCUUUGUAAUGAUAUAUAUAGCUUUCUCAAAUGAACUUGUGCCAACAACACUCAGGUUAACUCUACAGAGCAUUUUUAAUCUUGCUAUCAGAUCAGCCGCAAUAUUUUCUGCUUUAGUACUUGCAACAAGAAGUUACUUUGUGCACCUUCCUAUGAUUCUCUUUGGGAUCUUCCCUAUAGCAGCCUCCAUAUGUGUCUACUUUCUUCCAGAGACCUUCAAUCUUCCACUUCCUGACACUAUUGAAGACAUGGAGAAAAGUUGGUGCUUGGAAAAUUGGAUCUAUGCAUACAGCAGUAUGAAGGAAGACUCUUACCUUAUAACUUGUACAAAAAUCAACUCUAAGUGGUUCAAGCAUACACAUCUACGACCUGAAUCCAUGAAAUUACUAGAUGACAACAAUUACUAG